AUUCACAGUAGCUUUUAAGGGAGCGCAGCGUAGCUUUCGGAUUAUACAACUGCACACUUUUCACGUAAGGUGACCCAGUUAAAAUGGACAUCAGGUUACUUCUUGUUUUUGCUAUUGUCGGUUUAAUGGCCACCGGCUUAACAGCAAGGAUCGGAUUUUUAGGAAGAAUUGCUCAAAUACUUUUGGCCGCCACCCUUAUCCCAUUAAUUUGCAAGUUUCAUCGAAAGUUCUACGUCAUUUUGAAGACACUGCCAAGGGAUAUCAAAUUCCUCUAUCGGUAUGUGAAUGCUAAUCGAGAUCUGAAAAGUUUCGUUAGAAAUAAUACAACGGUUAUGAAAAUUUUCCAAGAACGAGCACGUCUUUAUCCAGAUAAACCAUGUUUUAUUUUCGAAGGAUGUACUUGGACUAACGAAGAUAUUGACAAAUAUAGUAAUCGAAUAGCAAAUAUUUUUAAAGAAGCUGGAUAUGGUAAAGGUGAUGCCGUAGCACUUUUGAUGCUUAACAGACCGGAAUAUAUCGCAACUUGGCUUGGAUUGGGUAAGAUAGGUGUGAUAACAGCUUUGAUUAAUACCAAUUUACGUCAACAAUGUUUAAGCCAUUGCCUGACAGUUGCGAAAGUUAAAAGCAUAAUUUAUACCGAGGAAUUUUCCUUAGCAAUCGAAGAUAUUUCAGAUUCUAUUGAAGGAAUAAUCAAGUAUAAACAAGGUGGCAAUUUCGAAGGAUAUAACGGGGAUAUCAAAAAUUUGGAUAAACUAAUAGCAGAUGCUAGCAUAAAACAACCAGAUGUUGAUAAUGAACCUGGUUAUAAAGAUGAUUUGUUGUAUAUAUAUACCAGUGGUACAACUGGUUUACCCAAAGUGGCUAUUGUACCAAAUUCAAGAUUCCUACUCGUCAUAACGGCAACUUAUCAUAUGCUGGGAUUGAAGAAGAAUAGUGAUAUUUUAUAUAAUCCUAUUCCAUUAUAUCAUAUGUCUGGUGGAUUAGUAGGGACAGGUUGUGCACUUACCAAAGGUAUUCCAAGUGUUUUAAGAAGUAAAUUUUCUGUCAGUGCUUAUUGGACUGAUUGCAUCAAGUAUAAAUGCACGUUGGCACAAUAUAUCGGCGAAAUGUGUCGAUAUUUAUUAAAAGCUCCACCACGUCCGGAAGAUAAAACUCAUUCGAUUAGACUAAUGGUCGGAAAUGGUAUGAGACCACAAAUUUGGCAAGAGUUCGUUGAUCGUUUUAAAAUCGAACAAAUUACGGAAGUCUAUGGAUCGAGCGAAGGCAAUGCUAAUAUUGUUAAUGUCGACAAUCAAGUUGGAGCAGUUGGUUUUGUUCCAUCAAUAUUACCUAAAUUUCUUCAUCCAGUUGCUCUUAUUCGUGUGAAUCCUGACACGUGCGAACCAAUUAGGGGUAAAGAUGGAUUAUGCAUACGAACUGAAAUAAAUGAACCAGGUAUGCUAAUAGGAUUGAUAAAACAAGGAAAUGUAGAGAGAGAAUUUAAUGGAUAUUUGGAUAAGGAAGCAUCACGAAAGAAAGUAGUAGAGAAUGUAUUCUGUAAGGGUGAUAAAGCAUUUCUUUCAGGUGACAUUUUAAUACAGGAUGAAUUUGGAUACUUUUAUUUCAAGGAUAGAACAGGUGAUACUUUCAGGUGGAAAGGUGAAAAUGUUGCUACUGCUGAGGUGGAAGGUGUUAUCAGUAAUGUUGCUGGGUAUAGAGAUACAACUGUUUACGGAGUACAGAUACCUGGUGUAGAAGGAAAAGCAGGAAUGGCAGCAAUAGUAGACCCUGAGAGUUUAAUAGACUUUAAAGCACUUGCUGAGGGUUUAGACAAAGCUUUACCUUCCUACGCAAGACCAAUUUUCUUAAGGAUUGUCAAAGAAUUAGAAAUGACAAGUACAUUUAAAUUGAAAAAAAUUGGCCUUCAAAAUGAAGGAUUUGAUCCUAAUAAGAUUCAAGAUAAAGUGUAUUUUCGAUCAGAUAAAGAAUAUGUCGAAGUUACACCCGAGCUAUAUCAAAAAAUUAUAUCGGGAUCUACCAAGUUGUAAUUAGCAAUACUUUUCUUUCUUUUUUUUUUUUGUUUUGUUUUCGUAAUGGGGAACUCUAUAAAUGUGUAAAAUUGAUCGGAUUAGGGCGCAUGGAUUAGACAGCUUUUUUUUACAUACGAGAAACCAUUUGAAUUGACAUUAACAAUUUAUGAUCUCGUAUCGCACACAACAAUUUCAUUGUAUAAUACGUGAAUAUAAUCUCACGUACAUAUAUCUUAAAUAUGGAAUUAUAUGAAAAAAUAUAAUCCACGAUACUAUUAAAAUAUUCAGGAAUAUGCAGAUUCUAAACCUGCAAAUUAGUAACUAUCGAUUUCUAUUACAAGAGAAAUCAAAAUCGUGCAAAUUAAUCGUGAUUUGAUAAAAAUCAACUUAGUUAAACACUUUGCAUAGAUAAUAAAUUAAAGGAAAUAAGUAUUUUGAUGUUAAAGGCGCCACUUUAUAAACUAGAGGAAUAUCUUAUUACUUUUCACAAUAUUUUCAUUGAUAAAUACAGUGAAAAUUCAAUUGUCAAAAAUUAUCACUUUUUAGAUUGUUUGAAUUUAUAACUUUGAGAUCUCAUUUUAUCUACAUUGUAUUUAUUCACACUAGAUACAAUAUUAUGUGGUAUAGAUAUUGUAAAAAAAGAUCUCCCUUAUUUUAGGAAUCAUAAUGUAAACAAACUCAUAUAAAUAAUACAUUCCUUGUUCAACAUUGAGUCCAAUUAAACAACCAUCCAAAUUUUUAACAUUAAUGUAAAUAGUACAAGCUAAAUAAAAAGAUCUUUUCUUAAAAUUUCUAAAAUUUCGAUAUCAUGUUUUUGGUAAUAUAAUUAUUAAUUAUUUUCUUUAUAAAAAUUUAUAUUGUUUAUAUAAUUAAUAUAUAUAUAUAUAUAAUGUAAGAUCUCUUUGAUUUAAAAAAAAAGAUUUUACUAAAGAUAUUAAAUAUAUAUUGCACAGUAUGCUUUAACCUAACAUUUGCACUAAUAAUAUAUUUAAUAAACACUUAUUCUUUAUGUAAGAAAAAGAAUUCAAUAAGAAUUAAUAAUUUUGAUCAGUAUUUUGUUUUAUAUGUUAUUUCGAGUGUCAUUAUAAUAUGUAUGUAUCAUUAUAAUGAUAUUCUAAGCAAUUUCACAAAAAUUUAUGGAACAAUAAAUAUUUCCUACCUAAUCACUUUUGAAAAUAAUACUUGGUUAAGAAAUUGUAUUGUAGUAAAUUUGAUGAAAUUAUAAGUUAAAAAUUAUGUUUGUUAGAAAUUCAGUAAAUUCUAAUUGUUGUUUGACAGAAAUAUAAUUAUUUUAAUGA